AUGCCAGGUCCACCUACCGUCAUCGAAAUCCCUGAUGAUAGCGACUCUGAGGCUCCUCGAGCGUCUGUGGGCGAAUGGAAAAGAAGGCUUUUUGAAUCGUUGAGUAACAUCCAACAGAUAGGCGGCAUCGCCACCUUCAAACAUUACCCAUCGUUCAUCAACCCAGGCCUGAAAAUUGAAGGGAAUCCCAUCGUUCCAUUGCCUAUCAAUGAGCAAGCGGCUCAAGAUAUCAAGAGCCACUGCCGCCGAGCCCCGACUAGUAACGCAUGGGAAUUGGACCCAACACAGUUCCAAUUGACGAACCCAGCAUGGCCCGGGUUCCUGCAGAUAGUCGCCGGCGAUGUAGCAAAAACCCUCGACAUCGGAGGCGUCUCGUCUGUGCCUAGACAUUUGACUCUAUACGGACCAGGGCCAAUCCCGAGACAAGACUCUCCUAGAGAGAAUACGACCGAUAUCAUCGGUGCGCUCGCCAUCUUCCUUCCAUCGGAACAUCAGGGCGCAAAUGUCAACUUGUCCAUCGAGACCAUGUCGUUUUGCUUCUCACCGGCGUCGUCGUCUGCGCUGGAUAUUUCCGCCAUCUCCUGGCUCCAGGACGUCAAAUGUGAAGUCGACGAUUUGACGUCAGGAUAUCGCUUGGCCAUUACAGAACGUCCCGAAUCACUCGAGGACACAAAAGGCCAUGACCGAACGGUCUGCCAGUUUCUUAGCGACAUCUGUCCAGAGGCAGGCUGUUACUUUUUGCUUGCACGGGUCACCCAUGAGGUGACAGAGGACUGCGGCACAGUAUCAGCCGUUACUCAUACUAUCGACGGCGUCUCUACACCCCACGGCUUGGAUUUACCCAUCGUCGGCAGCGUAGACGCAAGGAAGGAGAUCCUGGGCUUCUCUCAAUAUAACCUGGAGCUUCGCGAGGCUGAUAGCGAUGAUCUAGAAGACAACCCUGAGUGGGCCUGCGAGGAAGGGGAAUACUCCCGCCGAUAUCACGACACGGCUGCUCUUAUUAUCCCCAGGGAUCACGUCCUUAAUGUGAUCGACUGCAGAAAACACGCCCCUUACGUCCAUUCCUAUGGUGGCACCACGUCCCGUCAUCAGGUUGUUGAAAACCUCGUCAACAUGCUCACCGCGGACAUGGAGAGCUUUCCAGAUGAUCAAAAGACUAGGCAGGUCCUGUUGGACAUGCUGACUAGCCUUUCCGGAAACGGCGAAAUCCUGAGAGCCCCGGCUGUGGAAAGAAUCCUCGAAUUGAGUUUGGAGUCUGGCGACACGGAUCUAUACAGCAAGACUAUUGCCGUUACUUCAUUUGCAACAAGCUUUGAUUCGAUGCGUGUGGCCAAGCUGAUUGAACCGCACCUGGUCAAGGAGUAUAUUGACAAGGGAAAUACUGUUAAUUGGAACGAUUGGCUCGGCCCCCUUACAGAACGGAACUUCCAAGACUUCCGACAGAGCUGUACCAGUCUCAAGCUUGGUAUCGAGAAUGAGGCCCUAUCACUGUCCCUCGAUGCCUGGGUACUGGACGCGUUGGACCUGAAGAUGGAGACGCAACAAAAAUGGGAACAUAGCGAUUGCCGCCUGGCCAUCGAUUGGAUCAGGGAACGAUCUGAGAAGCUGGACUGGAUUUUGAACAGAUUUCUUCCCAACAUUGCUGCACAUGCCGGCAGAAUGUACUUGCUUAAUCUUGUGUAUUCUUUGUGGAAACGUAACGGCAACCCCAGGUUUCUCAACGCACCCGCCAUAUGCAGAAGCAUCAUCCAGCACGGUUUCGAGAAGCUCGAAAUCCGGGCUAAGGAUUUCGACUACAAUAGUGGAAUCGAUGAACCCGGCAUCAACUUCUUUGUGCUGUGCAUUGAAGAAAGCCAUGUUGGCGGAUUGCCCGAGGAGGCCUCGAGACUCCUCGCAGCGACCUCUGCGGGUCUAGCCAAGUCGCGGCAUUCAUGGAAUUUAAGGCGCAACCACGGCCGGGCAAGCUCCAUCAUGCAAGAGCUCGUCGCCCCCCUGGCUGGGCUGAUUGGAAGAGGAAGGGUCGUGCCAGUGCCCGAGUUUGGAGAACUUGUCGAGCUCUUGGUACGGCACUCGAUCCGUACCACUAUGCCUCCAUUCCCCGCCGAGCCAAAUGGCUGGACUUAUGAUGCGCGUGGCUGUCGGUGUUCUGACUGUCGGGAGUUCAAAAAGUUUCUCGUGUCUCCUGUUAUGCAGACCUGGGAGUUUCCUGCCGCCGAGAAGCGCCGAAAACACAUUGAGUCUAUGCUGUUGGGUGACACUCAUUCCUUUAGGAUUGAGACAACCCGAAACAGGUCGCCCUACACCUUGGUCGUUACCAAGACAGGAGGCGAGCAUCAACUCAAGGUCACACGUUGGCAAGACGCGUAUCAGCGGCUCAGAAUUCUCGUGGCGCCGUUUCGGAACCAGGCCAUGCGGGGGUGUCUGGGCGAUGAAAGGUAUCGCGAGCUGAUACUCUUGGAGGGUUAUGCCCAGCAUACAGCGCCAGCGGGUGUGGCGGGUGUGAGGAGGCGUGGUACAUCUACGGUGGACGAGCCGGAGCCUCAACGACGCCGAGUAAUGUGA